AUGGCGGGGCGCGGGGUGGCGCGGAGCUGCGUGCAGACGGCGCUCAAGGCGGCCAACUCCCUCGUGGGCCUCGCCGGCAUGGCCGUCAUCCUCUACGCGCUCUGGAUGCUCCGGGCCUGGUCCGCGCAGGCCGCUCACCUCCACCAACACCUCCCCGUCCCCUGGUUUAUCUACACUCUUCUUGGCCUCGGAAUCGUCAUGUGCUUGCUCACUUGCUCUGGUCAUAUUGCCGCGGAAACUGCCAACGGUGCAUGCCUGUCCUGCCACAUGAUCUUCGUUUUCUUACUUGUAAUACUGGAAGGUGCGACCACCGCUGAUGUAUUUCUGAAUAGCAACUGGGAGGAGGAUUUCCCCGAGGAUCCAUCUGGGAAUUUUGCCGAGUUCAAAGAGUUUGUUAGAUCAAAUUUUCAGAUAUGUGAAUGGGUAGGCCUCUCGGUGGUGGGUGCUCAGGCACUAUCAAUCAUUCUUGCAAUGGUACUCAGGGCCCUUGGUCCUGAACGCGAAAUUGACUACGACAGCGAUGAUGAUGCAGUGCCUGCAAGGUUGCCUCUCCUAAGAAACCAGGCCCAGCAUGGUUCAAGCUAUGUUGAAACUAACUUACCUCGCAGGAGUGAUUCAUGGACUCUGCGAAUCUUAGAUAAGGCUAACAAAUAAGGAUUUCUAACACUACAUGGCUAACCCUUCGGAAAGAGCACCAGUGCGUCCCUGUGGGUUACAGCCGACCUGAUGCAUGAUACCUUUUCUCUGAAGUAGUGAGGAUUCAUAUGACGGCGUGGUACCUAACGGCUAGGCUAGUUUUAUGGUCUUUCAACAUGCGCAAGUAUUUGAGUAGCAUGUAACUAAUCUUACAGCACCUUGAUGUAUGGGAAUAAUACUGUAAAAACGUUUCACUGAGAGAUGAUGGCUUGAUGCCUCGUGUUAAUGGAGACAAAAAGGGAAACAACCUGAUUGUUCAGUGUCAAGCAUUCUCUGUUUCUGUUUACUUUUUUUUUAUUAGAAUGUGGGGUUU